CAAGUCGGCAGGCAGCGAGCAAGGAAAGCGCUCCACAGAGAAAGAAAUCUACCCCUCCCCUCCCCUUUCCUUCCCCCCCCCCGGUCCUCUCGUCUCCUCCGGCGAGCCGCAAGAUCGGCAGGUGCAGGGAGAGGGAUUGGCCAAUCGACCUCUCGCCGGGGCGUCAGGCCUGCUGCAGCAGCUUCGGGCUCGACUGCCGUGCCGCGGGCGUGUAGAUUUGGUUUUUGAGUUGGGGGUGCGGCGGAGGGGGGGACGUUGCUGCGAAUGCCGUGCGGUUGCGCCUAGGGUUUCGGUGCUGUGAUCGAUCGCGGGACCUGGUCGAGGUGCCGCGGGAAGGAGGUCGGGGGCGGAGGGUUUCUUCUGCAGAGGGUGUUGGUUGGGAGAUCGAUCGAUCCGUCCGUCCGGGGGAGCGGGAAUGCAGCAGCCGCAGCAGCAAGGGCAGCGGAACAAGAGUACAGAUGUGGACUUUUUCUCGGAGUAUGGUGAUGCGAAUCGGUACAGGAUCCAAGAAGUCAUUGGCAAGGGAAGCUAUGGGGUUGUAUGCUCUGCCAUGGAUAUGCAGACUAGGCAGAAAGUGGCGAUCAAGAAGAUACACAAUAUCUUUGAUCAUGUCUCCGAUGCCGCACGGAUCCUCCGUGAGAUCAAGCUUCUGAGGCUCUUAAGACAUCCUGACGUUGUCGAGAUCAAGCACAUUAUGUUACCCCCCUCGAGAAAGGACUUCAAAGAUAUUUAUGUUGUUUUUGAGCUUAUGGAGUCCGAUCUCCACCAAGUUAUAAAGGCUAAUGAUGACUUGACAAAAGAGCAUUACCAGUUCUUUCUCUACCAACUACUCCGAGCCCUCAAAUACAUUCAUACUGCUAGUGUUUAUCACCGUGACCUGAAACCAAAGAACAUUUUAGCUAAUUCUAACUGCAAACUGAAGAUAUGUGAUUUUGGACUAGCACGAGUUGCAUUCAACGAUACCCCGACAACUGUCUUCUGGACGGAUUAUGUCGCAACAAGAUGGUAUAGAGCUCCAGAGCUCUGUGGAUCCUUUUUCACGAAGUAUACACCUGCCAUUGACAUUUGGAGCAUCGGCUGCAUUUUUGCUGAGGUGCUGACAGGAAAGCCUUUGUUUCCUGGUAAAAAUGUUGUCCAUCAGUUAGACUUAAUGACUGAUCUUCUAGGCACACCUUCGAUGGAUACAAUUUCGCGGGUCCGUAAUGAGAAGGCAAGAAGGUACUUGAGUAGUAUGAGAAAGAAAGACCCUGUUCCAUUUUCUAAGAAGUUUCCCAAUGCAGAUCCUCUGGGACUGAAACUCUUGGAAAAGCUAUUAGCCUUUGAUCCGAAGGACCGUCCAACUGCAGAAGAGGCAUUGACUGAUCCAUACUUUAAAAGCCUUUCCAAGCCCGAUAGAGAACCAUCCUGUCAGCCAAUCAGAAAAGUGGAGUUUGACUUUGAGCAUAGAAGAAUGUCGAAGGAUGAUAUAAGGGAGCUGAUAUUCCAGGAGAUAUUGGAAUAUCAUCCGCAAUUGCUGAAGAACUACAUAGACGGCACAGAGAAGACAACCUUUCUCUACCCAAGUGCUGUUGAUCAAUUUAAGAAGCAGUUUUCUCAUCUUGAAGAAAGCGAUGGCAGCGGCCCUGUAGUUCCAACAGAGAGAAAACAUGCAUCCCUUCCUAGGUCCACUACUGUUCACUCAACUCCAAUUCCUGCCAAGGAACAACCUCUUGUAGCCUCAUCGAGGGGUAGACCAAUUGCCAAUGAGCCUUGUAAACCGUGGGCUCCUGGUAACGUCCCCGGUGCUUCUCAGACAGCACACGUGGCACAAGCAGGAAGAGCUGUUGGUGUUGGGUCAGUACCGCCUUAUGAAAGUGGAAGCGGCAAAUACCCUUAUGAUGCAACAAGCAGGCCAGCGGUGAGUUCAGGGUAUCCUCCCCAGCAAAAGAUCCCACAAACAUAUGGCUAUCAUCAUCAUCAUCAAACGCCUGGUGCUGGGCAAUCUUCACAGGCCAUGGGGGGCUAUGCUUGUGGAUACACCAAAGGGACCACUCCUCCCCCUGCUGCUGCUCAGGACAUGAGAGCAUCCCCCUAUCACCAUCGUUCAGCAGGGACGAAGAAUGACCCGUUGAACAGACUAGCAGCGGAGAGCGACAUAUACACGAGAUCCCUCAACGGGAUUGUCGCUGCCGCGGCAUCAGCGGGCACGGGUGCUCACAGGAAGGUUGGUGCCGUGCCCUUUGGUAUGUCAGGGAUGUACUAGCGGCUCAAAUGACAGGCGUAUCUCUCGCCUCUUGCUCCCUGCCUGAAGCUGCCCUCUAUACACAACUAGUCCCAAAUGGAGAAAUUGGCCUGAAAUAAGUGGAGGAUGAAUGGAUGAUGAUCACCAGGACGAGGGCAACAGGUGAUCCCAGGCAGUGUUUUUAACACGUAGAGUUUACUAAGACAGAAGCGGUGCUCUUGGCUGCACAGGAAAAGGGUUUGCUCAAUUUAGUUAUUUAGGCGCACGAGGAGGAAACAGAUCAAAUUGAAACGAAGUUUGUACUACUAUCUUGCACAAGUAACUAAAAAAGUGAUGGUCAAUUGAUCAUCAUAUUAUUCAUUUCUACCUUCAUUAUAAGCUAAUUAGGGAAUGGUUUACGAAUUAAUACAAUCCAGUUGUAAGUGCAGUUUA